CCGUCGUUUGCAGUUUUCAAUUCUCUAACAACAACAUUUCCUAUCACUUCAUAAAACUGUUCUUGCACGCUACUCGGUCUUCACAAAGUCAAUAAUCCUCUCGUCCUUAUUAUUUAAAAAUAGCAUGUUUAAUACAUGGUACAACAUUCUUGCCUUUAUUGCUCUAAUGUGUGGUGUCAUCAUAUAUGGUGCUUUACUACUAAGUGAGAAGCUGAGAACCAUUUAUCCACUAAACUAUAUUUUAUUGGCGCUAUCGUUCAUUUCAUUGUGGGCGGGUGUUCGAUUUUUGUACAAUGAUUAUGUGUCAUUCCUUAUAUCAUUUGCAAUAACAGCAGUGAUCUCGGCAAUUGUAAUUGCUCUCUGUUGGAAGUUGAGUAAUUUGACAACAAAGGGAUUAAUCAUAUUCGUGACGAUAGCAUCUGUACUCGCCUUUUCGGGAUUCAUUCUGCUUUACUUUCGAGAAAGGAUAUACGUGAGAAUUCUCGCCGGUUUAUGUUUGUGUUCUGCAGCAACUCUGAUUUUGUUUACUGCAGUAUGUGGACUGAAGAACCAAUUGGAAAAAUUGUCCUCCAGGUUCAUGAGGAUAUUGGAGUUUUUUAAUAUAUUCGUAACAAUAAUUGGACUUUUCGCUGCAAUAUCAAUGUGCUUUGAUUGAGGAGGGGAAUCACACAAUGAAAGAUCAUAAUUUGCAUGAAUCUUUUGAACUCUUAAAUUAUGUAAUAUAUUCAAUUUACAUUUUGCAUAGUAAUUCAUUUCUUCUUACUGAAGUGUUCUCACAGAUUUGUU